AUGUCGGUCAUCAGUGAUCGGGGUCUCUCCACUGUGAUGAGCGGAGUAGGAAGACUUGGGUUGGUGCUGUUGCUCGUCCCAUGGUGUGUGGUUUGGUCGGCUCGUGCAGGAGGAUCGGGGAGAAGAGGAAGCUGGGAGCUGCUCCUCGACAGCACCGGCGCUGUCGCCAUGCACAUGGCGCUGACGUACUGCAACACCGUCGUCAUGUUCGACCAGGUCAGCGCCGGGCCGUCCGGCCUCCGCAUGCCCGGCUGCGGCCCUGACGACGACGGCAAGCGUUCCUGCUGGGUGCACUCCGUCGAGUACGACAUCGCCGCCAACGCCGUCCGCCCACUCGCCCUCAAGACCGACCCCUGGUGCUCCUCCGGCGCCUUCCUCAGCGACGGCGUCUUCGCCCAGACCGGCGGGUACGGCGACGGCGUCCGUAGAGUUCGGUACUUCGACCCGUCGGAUCCCCUGCCCCGGUGGAGCGAGUCGAGCGAGCUGCUUGUUGACAAGCGGUGGUACUCCUCCGACCAUGUCCUCCCGGAGAAGGACCGCGUGAUCAUCGUGGGCGGCCUCAACGUCUUCACGUACGAAUUCAUCCCGAAAACCGCGCCGAAGGAAGGCGCGUUCGAGCUGCCGUUCCUGCGCCAGACUCGCGACAAGAAGGAGAGCGGCGACAACCUCUACCCCUUCAUCCACCUCUCCUCCGACGGAAACCUCUUCAUCUUCGCCAACCACGACUCCAUCCUCUUCGACUAUAACCGGAAUCAGGUGGUCAAGACCUUCCCGACGAUGCCCGGAGGAGGCCCACGGAACUACCCCAGCACAGGCUCCUGCGUGAUGCUCCCGCUGGACUUCAGCGACGGGUUCCUGAAGGUGGAGGUCAUGAUAUGUGGAGGAGCCGCCACCGGAGCCUACCGCGCGUGGAGGCGUGGCAAGUUCUACCGAGCUCUGAGCUCAUGCGGGCGGAUGGUGAUCACCGACGACGAACCCAACUGGGCGAUGGAGGACAUGCCCGGGCCGCGGCUCAUGAACGACAUGCUCCUCCUCCCCACCGGCGACGUGCUUCUCAUCAACGGCGCCACCCAUGGCUGCGCCGGAUGGCGGAGAGCCAAGAAUCCAUCGUACGCCCCUUACCUCUACAAACCAAACAACGAAGCAGGGGAGCGGUUCUCCUUGCUGAACCCUUCAAGCAUAGCCAGAAUGUACCAUUCCACGGCGAUCGUUCUUCCUGACGGUAGGAUCCUGGUGGGAGGCAGCAACCCCUACAAGAACUACACCUUCGGCGUCCCAUACCCGACCGAGCUAAGGUUGGAGGCGUUCACUCCCUACUACAUGGACACGUUCUUCGACAGCAGAAGGCCGUCGAACCUGUCGGUCCAGUGCGGUGAAGGCCGUGACCGGAUCGGCUACGGCGAGGAGUUCAUCGUCCGGUUCGAGCUGGGCCGGAAGCCGGGCAAGUUGGAGUUCGUCGUCUACGCGCCGCCGUUCGCGACGCACUCGCAGUCCAUGAACCAGCGGAUGCUGAAGCUUGGGUGCAGUGGUCUGGUGAGGGAGACGAACGGGGCGGUGCAUGCGGUGCUCAAGGCUCCGCCUUCUUCCACUGUGGCACCUGCCGGGUUCUACCUGCUCUCCGUCGUCAAUGGAGGGAUCCCCAGCAAGUUCGAGUGGCUAAGGUUCGCUCAUGAAUGA